GAGGCGAGCGUUUCGAUUCGGAGGGUCGCUCGUCAUGAUUCUUACUUUCGGCCGCUACGCAUGCAGGCAUCCAUCGAGAACCAGGCCAUGUCCUCUCUGGAACCGGUCACGACCAUCCUCUUCCUCGCCUCUUCCCAAUGGCACUGAACCGCGCUCAUCUAUCAGACGCCCCGAUCCAUCGCCCCGUGAAAGCUCACCCGUGACUUCCGGCGCUACACCGGCGGCAUGCGCGACUACAUUCUCAACCACAAGCGGUGAAAACGACGCUACCAAACUCCCGCCUUAUCUUCCUCGGCCAUUAGGCGUGGAGGAGGUUCCUAGCACGGCGCCGGCUACCAAGGAAGAAAAACUGGCGAAGCUUGUAGAUGAAGAAUCGAGAUUACGAGAACGCAAACACAUCAUUUCUGAAGUCUCUAAAGGAUAUUAUCACGAUUGGGCAACACUUCGUCACAAUGGAAAUAAACUGUGGACUGCUCCGCCGAGUCUUAUCCGCGAAGAACGCUCUUUGUAUUUCCCCGACAUCAAAGGCAUCGCUAUCUCCAACAAGCAAAUGGCCCAUACAACCGAUCUGUUUGAUGACAAGGUUACUUUAUUGGCAGUCGAGAGCACGAGAAUGUCAGAGGAACAUACGCGCUCCUUUUACACGGAACCUACACGAAUGUUGGCGGGAGAACCCGAUUUCCAAUUGGUUCGACUGAACGUGCAAGAAAAUCCUCUCAAGUCGUGGCUAGUGAGCCUCUUCAUCAAUAAUCUCAAGCGCAACGUGCCUGCUCAUCAGCAAUCUCGAUAUCUCUUGUCAAACCAAAAUCUUGAAUAUUUCCGAGAACCGCUAGGAAUGGCCAAUAAGCUGUUGGGUUACGUUUAUCUGGUUGAUUGGGACAAAAAAAUCAGAUGGGCAGGUUGCGGUUUCGCAAACGCUGAGGAGAUGAGAGGGCUCUUCACUAGCUCACGCGCACUGUUAAAGCGAAUCUCAGAAAAGAAGCAAGUUGACAGUUCUCAAGAUUAACGUCUUUUUGUGCUUGCUGCAUGCAGAUGAAAAAUCAUCAGACCACGUUCGAUCAGCUUUAGAGGUCCUUGCCCCAAGAAAUGAUGAUUGGUGCUCCCAAGGGAGCCAGUUGCGAACUUCCAGGCAAGACAUCUGCUGGGUAAAGGAUUCGGAUCCUAUCACAAGAAGGAAUACCUCAAACCGAAACCCACAUGCACAGCGCAUUCUGUUGUCACGUUUUAACUUCUGUUCAACUGAUCUUGAUGUUCAUGUUCAUGAGGUGUCCACCCUCUCAGCCUUUGCGGCAUAUGUUUUUGAAAUGUGGUAUCGAAUUUUGUACCUU